AUGUUCACACAACAGCGUCCCGUCCCCCAUCGAUAUGAGAACUUGCAGGAAUCCAACCAUCUUUGCGAAGCCUUCGCCAUUGGGGAAUCAAUAUUGGCUCGCUACAAGCGCACCAACCGAACACUUACUGCUUCUGAAAAGAAGGCCCUUGCUUCCCUCUUGAUGAUGGCGCCGCACGAUAUCCUUUCAGAAACCAUCGCCUCCCUUGGUGCGGUGGCGGCGCCCAAGGAACAAUCGCCGCACGAUCUGUCACCGCUGAUGGAACGUUCAUUACUUAUUGGAAGGCCUAUGAAGGAUGUUUUUCAGUGCUUGAAUGAGGAGCUGGGAUACUGUCUUGAUUCCAUCUGGUGCCACGUAUAUUACCUUGAACCGAAUGAUGCCCUCUUGAUUGACCCGGUGCAUGCAACAGCCGCAACGGUGGAUGAGACAACACCGCUUGGAAAAGCAGUUACUACCGGUUUGCAGUGCACGAUUGCGUGCACGCUGUACAUUCCACUCACCUAUGACGGCACUGUGGUGGGAUGCGUUGAGGUUUCACAGGGAAGCUGUGAACACAACCGUACUCCUCUCUUGGAAACAAUGCUGCGGCUCGCAGCAUGUGCAGUACACAACGCCAUAGAGGCCGAAAGGAUUAACUGGAACAAGGAAAAGGCAGAGGCCAUGUUGAUGAUGGCGACACAGCUUGCCCGCGACAAUCUCGAUGAAGCAGUGCUCGCAAAUUCGAUCAUGAAUACCGCCAAGGCGCUUACUGAAAGUGAUCGGUGCAGUAUAUUUCUUGUCAAGGAGGAUACACUCGAGGCGCACUUUGAAGACGGCAACGUUGUCACGAUUCCGGCGGGCGCCGGCAUUGCCGGCUUUGUUGCACGGACUGGUGAAACAGUCAACAUUGCCGAUGUUUAUGCAGAUGAUCGUUUCAAUCGUGACGUUGACAAGGCGACGGGGUACCGCACCAAGACUAUCCUUUGCAUGCCUGUUAUGUACGAAGGAACAAUUGUGGCUGUUGCACAGCUGAUUAAUAAGCUGGACAUGGUGACGGAGAGCGGCCUCAGGUUACCGCGCACCUUCGGCAGGCGCGAUGAGGAGCUUUUCCAGACCUUCUCCAUGUUUGCUGGUGCCUCAUUGCGGAACUGUCGUAUCAACGAGAGUUUGGUGAACGAGAAGAAGAAGAGCGAUGCCAUUCUUGACGUUGUGACGCUAUUGUCGAAUACUGACAUCCGUGAUGUGGACGGUAUUGUGCGCCACGUGCUGCAUGGCGCAAAGAAGCUUCUGAAUGCGGAUCGCUCUGCACUGUUUCUUCUGGACAAGGAGCGGAACGAACUGUACAGCCGACUGGCAGACAGCGUGGCGGGCAAAGAGAUCCGGUUUGCGUGUGGGCAAGGAAUUGCUGGUACUGUGGCUUCCUCUGGUGUUGGUGUGAACAUCAUCGACGCGUAUCAAGACCCCAGGUUCAACCGUGAUGUUGACAGGCAGCUUGGAUACCGCACACAGACCCUGUUAUGUGAGCCUAUUGUGCUGAAUGGCGAGAUCCUUGCUGUGGUGCAGCUUGUGAAUAAACUGGACCCGGCUGGGGAAGUGACUGUUUUCACGCCCAGCGACCGCGAAACGUUCCGUGUGUUCUCCCUUUUUGCUGGCAUUUCCAUCAACAACUCACAUCUGCUGGAGUUCGCCGUUAAUGCUGGUCGUGAGAUGAUGGAGCUCAACGAACGUCGUGCAUUUGCAGGUGAAAGGCGGAACUCUCUCCGCAAUGUAAAACGCCUCCUUGCGAUCACAGACAAGGAGAGAGAUGCUGUGCGGAGUAUUGAACUAAACCACGUGGACAUUACAGAUGCUGACUUUGACUUAUUCAAGGUGCGUGAGGAAAUGGAGCAGCCUCUUGAUGCUGCCGCUGCGAUCGCAUACCGACUUUUGUUGGGAACAGGUCUCCCGCAAAAGUUCCGUUGCCGUGAUGUGACGCUGCUGAAUUUUAUUCUGCAAUGCCGCAAGAAGUACCGCAGUGUGCCGUACCAUAACUUCUACCACGUUGUUGAUGUAUGUCAGACCAUCUACACCUACCUGUACAAGGGCGCGGCCUGUGAGAAACUGACGGAAUUGGAAUGCUUUGUGCUUCUGGUGACGGCACUGGUGCACGACCUCGACCAUAUGGGUCUGAACAACAGCUUCUACCUCAAGACAGAGUCGCCCCUUGGUAUUUUGUCAAGCGCGAGUGGCAACACGUCAGUGCUGGAGGUGCACCACUGCAACCUUGCCGUUGAAAUUCUCUCUGAUCCCGACUCAGAUGUCUUUGAAGGUCUUGAUGAUGCCGAGCGUACCUCUGCCUACCGUGCAAUGAUCGAUUGUGUGCUUGCCACUGACAUGGCAAGGCAUAAUGAGUUGCUUAACCUCUUUUUGGCAUCAAUGGACCGUCCUUACGAUGUCAAUGAUGCCAGCCGAAGGCAAAUGGUAAUGGAUGUUCUGAUGAAGGCUGGUGAUGUAUCCAACGUGACCAAACCGUUCGAUAUAUCGCGUCUGUGGGCAAUGUCUGUGACUGAGGAAUUCUACCGGCAGGGCGAUAUGGAGAAGGAGAAGGGCGUUGAAGUCUUGCCAAUGUUUGACCGCUCAAAGAAUACUGAGCUGGCGAAGGGCCAAAUCGGCUUUAUUGACUUUGUUGCCGGUCCAUUCUUCAAGAAGAUUGUGGACGCUUGCCUCAGCGGCAUGGAGUGGACAGUGGAUCGUGUAACGAGCAACCGCGCGCAAUGGGAACGAACACUGGUGGCUCGGGCAGAGUCUGCUGGACAAAAAUGA